AUGCGUUCAGCCUAUGUUGGUCCUGGUUCUUCAACACGCUCGUGGCAAGCCACGCUUGACCCUGGUACAUUAUCACCUAAUUCGAAUACUGCUGGUUAUCGUGUUUCAUGGACUCGUGAUUUACCCAGAACAAGUUUAACACAUACACAAGAAAUGGCUUUAGUAAUGCUACGUGAACAAGAUCGUCGCGCUUCUGAACCUUCCAACAGUGCAAGUGCAAUACUACAAAAGAAGAAGUAA